AUGUCAUCAAAUAUAAAUUCUCAACUUAUUCUUAAUCUUGAUACAACUCUUCGUAAUGUUCUACAACAACCUACAAUAAAUAAUAUUCAUUUAUGUUUUUCUCUUAUUAAACAAUGUCAUUAUCGUCGUUUUGAAGAUGAAAAAACUGUUCAAGAUGAUAAUUUAUAUAUACCAGCUAUAUUACUUCUACGACAAUUUAAUCGUUUUCAAAAUCCAUCAACAUUUGAUAAACUUCUUGAAGAAUUUAUAUUAUUAUUUCAAUUAAUACCGAUAUCAACAAAAAAAAUUCUUGAUGAUUUACUUUGUAUAAUUAGUAUUAUAUUAACAAAACGUAUAAUGAUAACAAAUGAUGAAGUUCAACAAGAUUUAUUUAUACGAUUUUUUCAUUCAUUUUGUUUAUCAAUAAAAACUAAUUUAAAUUUAUUCUAUAAAGAAUUUUUAGGAAAUUUUAAUCAAAAUUUACCUAUUAUUGGACAUUAUAUUUCAUGUUUACUUCAAUUAUAUGAAAAAAUUAAUACACUUGAUUAUCGUAUUAAUAUUAUUAAUACAUUAUGGUCAUUAAUAUAUAUUAAUAAAAAUGAAAAUGAGAAUGAAUUUCGUUUAAUUAUUGGACAAAUUUUAGCUUGUUUUUUACCCGGUAUAUUAAAAACAUUUGCACAAGAUAUUGGUUCAAUACAUCAACGUCUUGUUCAUGCAAAUCUUAUUUUAUUAAGUUAUAUUAUUCGAAUAAGUGUUAAUCUUUCAUCAAAAUAUAAUUUUGAAACAAAUUUAAUGAAGGAUGAACUUCGUGAUAUUGUUGUUGAAAGAAAUGAACAAUGGUUAAGUAUUGUUGAUACACAUUUAGCUCCAAUUUUACAACGAUUAACAAAUGAUUAUGUUAAUCAUGAAAGUUUAAAUGUUCGUCAAGCACUUGCAAAUUUUAUGUUAACAAUAUUAUGUUAUUGUUCAUUAUGGUUAAAAAUAUCGGCAAAUAUGGCACUGAAAACAAUGCUUGUAAUUGUUUCAUCAACAAAUGAAGAUCAAAAGGAAAUUGAAAUAAUGAAAGUUUUAUUGAAAAAAUUAUUUAAAUUGCCGAUCGAAUCAUUACCCGUCAUAUUAUCUCAACCAUCGUCAUCAGAAUCAUCUAUUCUUACAUAUGAAACUGAAUUUAUAAAUGAAAUUCUUAAUUCAUCAAAUAUAAUUCUAUCCGAUCAUUUAUUAAUCGAAUGCCAAGCUGAUUUAUUUCAAUUACUUGAACAACAACAACAACAACAAAUAUCUUCAUCAUCAAUAUUAACUGAUCGUCGUUGGCGUUUACAAUUAUUUAUUGGUUAUUAUACAUUUAUUCAUAGUCAUAUUGAUUUUCUUUUUGAUAUGGAUGCAUUUACUGAUAAAUUAUUUCGUUUUAUUUUAAAUACACUUGAUUUUAAUACAUUAAUACGAAGUAAUCUUAAUCUACUUAAUGAAAGUUCAUUAUCAAAUACUAAUAAUACAACGAAAAAUUUUGAUUUAAAUGAAUAUAAUUCAGUUUAUAAACAUUUAAAAUCAGAUGUACAUUAUGAAAUCGAACAAAUAAUUAAAUUAUUUACAUCAUCACAUUCAAAUUUUAUUGAUUAUUUAUUUGAACAAAUUAAUCAAAAGAAAAUUAUCAAUGAAAAUAAUCAAAAAAUAUUUUAUCUUCUUUCAAUUAUAUUUGAAGAAAAAAAUUUGAAUAAUUUUGAAGAUUAUCAAGUACUUUUAUCAUUACUUAGUCAAUUAAUUUGUGAUGAUAAUUAUCAAAAACCAACAAAAAAAAGAAAAAAAAGUCAUUUGAAACAAGGUAUUUGA